CAAAUGUCUUUAAUACACAUGGGUUAACAUUAUCAAUGAUAUGCCAGUAUAAUCCAUCAAUAUGGUACCUUCAGGAGGCUACCAAGAUUUAUACUGCAAAUUACGGUGAGCAUCAUUGGAAGGUAGCUGGCAGUUAUAACAACUUGGGAGGUGUUUAUCAAGCUCGUGGACAGUACAAUGAAGCCAAAGAAUAUCACGACAAGGCACUCAUCAUCAGGAAAGAGAUUUUCGGGGAGGAGCAUGGUGAUGUCGGAACAAGUUAUAACAACUUAGGAAAUGUUUAUCAGGAUCUUGGACAGUACAAUAAAGCCAAAGAAUAUCACGAGAAGGCACUGAUCAUCAAGAAAAAGAUUUUCGGAGAGGAGCAUGAUCAGGUCGCGAGAAGUUAUAACAACUUGGGAAGUGUUUAUCAAGCUCUUGGACAGUACAAUGAAGCAAAAGGAUACCACGAGAGAGCAAUGAUCACCAGGAAAAAGAUUUUCGGGGAGGAGCAUGACGAUGUCGCAACAAGUUAUAACAACUUGGGAAGUGUUUAUCAAGCUCUUGGACAGUACAGCGAAGCAAAAGAAUACCUCAAGAAGGCAUUGAUCAUCAGGAAAAAGAUUUUCGGGGAGGAGCAUGAUCGUGUCGCAACAAGUUGUAACAACUUGGGAAGAGUUUAUCAAGCUCUUGGACAGUACAAUGAAGCGAAAGAAUAUCACGAGAAAGCACUGGCUAUCAGAAAAACGAUUUUCGGCAAGGAACAUGCUAAAGUCGCAGGGAGUUAUAAUAACUUGGGACGUGUUUAUCACUGUCUUGAACAGUAUAAUAAAGCAAAAGAAUAUAACGAGAAAGCACUGGUCAUCAGGAAAGCGAUUUUCGGCGAGGAACAUGCUAAAAUCGCAGCGAGUUAUAACAACUUGGGAAGUGUUUAUCUAGCUCUUGGACAGUACAAUGAAGCCAAAGAUUAUCAAGAGAAGGCACUGAUCAUCAUGAAAAAGACUUUGGGGGAGGAGCAUGAUCAUGUCGCAACAAUUCAUAACGACUUGGGAAAUGUUUAUCAAGCUUUUGGACAGUACAGUGAAGCCAAAAAAUAUCACGAAAAGAAAGAGUACUACGAGAAGGCACUGAUCAUCAGGAAAAAGAUUUUUGGCGAGGAGCAUGCUAAUGUCGGAGGAAGCUAUAACAACUUGGGAAGAGUUAAUCAAGCUCUUGGACAGUACAAUGAAGCCAAAGAAUAUUACGAGAACGCACUGAUCAUCGGGAAAAAGAUUUUCGGCGAGGAACGUGCUUAUGUCGCAGGAAGUUACAACAACUUGGGAAAUUUUUGUCAAGCUCUUGGACAGUACAAUGAAGCCAAAAAAUAUCACGAAAAGGCACUAAUCAUCAGGAAAAAGAUUUUCGGGGAGGAGCACGGUGAUAUGGGAUCAAGUUAUGACAACUUGGGAAAUCUUUAUCAGUCUCUUGGACAGUACGACGAAGCAAAAGAAUAUCACGAGAAGGCACUGAUCAUCAGGAAAAGCAUUUUCGGCGAGGAACAUGCUAAUGUCGCAGGAAGCUAUAACAACUUGGGAAAUGUUUAUCAAGCUCUUGGACAGUACAAUGAAGUCAAAGAAUAUCACGAGAAGGCACUGGUCAUCAGGAAAAAGAUUUUCGGGGAGGAGCAUGAUGAUGUCGGAACAAGUUAUAACAACUUGGGAAAUCUUUAUCAGUCUCUUGGACAGUACAACGAAGCAAAAGAAUAUCAUGAGAAGGCACUGAUCAUCAGGAAAAAGAUUUUCAGGGAGGAGCAUGGUGAUGUCGGAUCAAGUUAUGACAACUUGGGAAAUCUUUAUCAGUCUCUUGGACAGUACGACGAAGCAAAAGAAUAUCACGAGAAGGCACUGAUCAUCAGGAAAAGCAUUUUCGGCGAGGAACAUGCUAAUGUCGCAGGAAGCUAUAACAACUUGGGAAAUGUUUAUCAAGCUCUUGGACAGUUCAAUGAAGCCAAAGAAUAUCACGAGAAGGCACUGGUCAUCAGGAAAAAGAUUUUUGAGGAGGAACGUGCUAAUGUCGCAGGAAGCUAUGACAACUUGGGAGGUUUUUAUCAGUAUCUUGGAAAUUAUAGUGAAGCAAAAGAAUACCACUAGAAGGCACUGAUCAUCAGCAAAAAGAUUUUUGGCAAGUUACACGCUGGUGUAGCAAGAAGCUGUUCUAUUCUUACAAUUUUGAAUAGGGAUCGUGAGCAAACUCAGAUCGUCUACGGCCAAGCGUUACACAGAAAUUUUUAAGGCCUGUUUGUUCUCUUGCUCGCUCUUGUAUUCCUUUUGUCUCCUGUUUUGUUGUUUUUUGUUUCUAACGUGCUGUUAUCUAACACGACAAGGAAGUACGGAUGAAAAUCCUAAUAUUGAUUUCCUUGCAUGGUGUUCACAAGUUUUGUAACUUCAUAUUGUUCAGUUACUUUACAACUGAAACAAGCUCGCCUCU